AUGUUCGGUCCAUUCCGCCUCACAAACCCGCUAUCGGGUGGUCUAUUAUGGAAGAUACCAUGGCGGCUAUCCAGACACCAGAAGUACAGGCAACGCGAGCGCCUACGGCACGUUGACACUGUGGUCGGCACAAUCGAUAACGCACUACGACGCAUGGGACAGAGCAUGAAGAAGGUGGAGCGCUGGAAGAUGGAGAUGCCAACCGAGGCGGAGAUGCUGCCCAAGGACAAAUACACCGUUUUCGACCGUAAGGUGAAGAGGUAUCGAAAGGGAAUACACAAGGUGCCAAAGUGGACAAGAGUCAGUCAACGACUGAACCCUCCAGGUUUCUAG